AUGGCGACUCCGGGUAGGAAUACUGUCAAAGUUUUCGUGUAUAUAGGAGGCCAUAUUGUUCAUGAGGGAUUGUCAGUGAAUUAUGAUCAACCUCAUCAUACAGUCGUACGAGUGAAACGCGAUAUAUCUUUCUCUGACUUUUUGGCGAAAAUAUACUCACGUUGCCGAAUAGAUAGAAAUGAAUUUGUGUUAUCGGUGUCGGGCAAAAUAUCACGAUGGUAUCAAAAUCAGUGGAGCGAGAUAGUUUCUGAGAUAACAAGUGAUGAUGAUUUAGAAAUCUAUUUGCACCCGGAUGAAGGAAACGAUUCCAUAGAUGUUUAUGUUGAGUCUCAGCCUUUAUACAAUCCUUUGAUACCUUCACAAUUCACUACAUCAGAGCCUCUCUACUCCCCUUCGAGACCUUCACAAUUCAGUACAUCAGAACCUCUCUAUUCCCCUUCGAGACCUUCACAAUUCACUACAUCAGAACCUCUCUACUCCCCUUCGAGACCUUCACAACAUUUUGAUUUGAAUGAUGCGUACAAUUCAUUUAUGCAAACAAGUCCUGAGUUAGUUGCGGUUACACAAGGGUUUUCCAAUAUGGGCUUUGAAGCGGGGCCAUCGAGGCAUUCUUAUCAAAAUCUUGGGGUACAUAUUGGGGAAUCAAGUGGCAUGAGAAAUGCUCAUGAAAAUUUUGAUCUUCCGAAUGAAACUCGUCAUUGUGAUAAUAAUGAUGACGAUGAUCCUUUCGGAGAUGCACAUGGGCCAAAUGUUCGAAGCGACUCUGAACCGUCCGACCAUGGAGACGAUGAUGAUAGUGGUGAAGAGAACAACGAUGAGAAUAUCGAAGCCGUUGAUGACGUUGUACAAACAAUAUCGCAGGCAGAAAUUCCAUCAACUUCUCAUGUUCAUGUCAGCAAUCCAUCAUUUGCAGAACCUCCUACUCAGUUUUAUGAUCCACCUUCGUACUACUCUCUGUCAUUUCCUGAAAUCCCAGCCGAUUCCAUUGAUGUUCCGUCGGGUAUGUGGUCAAAAUUUUAUGAUAGCAGCAAAGGUACUCUCGAAAAGGGGAUGAUUUUCGAUAGUAAAGCAAGGGUCAUUUCAGCCGUUAGAGACCACUCCAUUCGAUUUGCCAGAAGAGAGUUUAAAGUUAUCGAAAGUACAAAAAGAACUUGGAAGGUUAUCUGCAAACACGACACUGAAGCACGACCUUGCAGAUGGAGGCUAAGAGCAUCAAGAAUUGGGGAUAAAGGACAAUUUAGGAUUGGGAUCUACGAUGGCGAUCAUAGUUGCGGUAUGCAAGGGAUGACAAACAAUCAUGGCAACUUGAACAUCAAUUAUUGCGCCGCAAUUCUAUUGAAAAGUGUUCGUGAAAAUCCAGUUUGUGAAAUUUCAAAGGCAAGAGAGAUUGUGACCGCGCAAAUAGGAUAUGAGAUAUCCUACAUGAAGGCAUGGUACACUUUGAAGCGAUGCAGAGAAAAUGUAUAUGGAACAUGGGAGAGUUCGGUCCAGAAGUUGCCAAAAUUUAUGAAAGCACUGCAACAAAGGAAUCCAGGCACAGCUGUUGAGUGGGAACAUCACGCGACAAAUCAUCCAUCGAAAUUCAUAAUCAAAUACGUCUUCUGGGCCUUCAAGCCGUGUAUUGAUGGUUUCAAAUACUGUCGUCGGGUGAUUAGCGUCGAUGGAACUCAUUUGUACACUAAGUACAAACAUAAGAUGUUGCUUGCUGUGUGUUUGGAUGCGAAUCAACAAGUUCUACCACUUGCGUAUGCAAUUGUUGAUGAAGAGACCGCAAGUGCAUGGAAGUGGUUUUUCAAAUGCAUUGACAAACAUUUACUUUCGGGCAUAUCAGAUGGUAUUUGUAUAAUUUCGGAUCGAGGAACCGGUAUUUUAAGUGCCAUCGAUUCAAUGCCCGAGUUUCGGCCCCCUCGUAUCACCCAUCGAUUUUGUUUGAGGCAUGUUUGUUCAAAUGUUAACGCCAAGUUUAAGAGCAUUGUGGUGAAAGAUUUUUGUUACGCUGCUGGAAAACAAUCUCAGGUUUGGAAGCUGAACCGGUAUUUGGACAAGAUUGGGGAGGAAAAUCCCAAUGCACUCAGAUACUUGAUGAACAUGGAUCGAGAAAAGUGGACUUUAGCACAUGAUGGAGGGUCUCGACGCGGAUAUGAGUUUCCCGUACCACCUUACGGUGCACGAUGGACCAACCAUGUCAGCUUCAUUGAGACUGGUGCACAUGUUCUUCGUAUAUUUAGGAUGAUGUUGGAUCAGAUGCUCCCAGAUCAGUUUAUAUGGACGCCAUAUGAUCUGGAUGAUCCGGAGUAUCAGUCUGUAGGUGGUGAUUCGACGAUCACAUGUAAUGGUAUAUGGGUAUCGAGAGUCCCCCUGAUAUGCUAUGCAAUUGUGGAGAUGCAUCGACCAGACAGAGUAGUACGUCAGUUCGGGAUGGUACAACCCAUACCUGAACCUCCUGAAAAUACUGAGACGGAUUUCCGGAUGCACGUCAAUGCUAACCGUACAGGUGCUACCAACCGAGACUGGAGGCUUACACAUGUUUCGCAUGUUACCGCUUGGGAUAAUAGACUCGAUUAUAUUGUUGAUUAUCCAUAUGCCAGUGACAGUCAGACUACAGAAGAUGGUUAUUUUGAGUGGUAUGAAUUGCACACACGUCGUUUCAUAUCACCGAUUACCCCAUCUGAUCGUACAGGAUUUCAGGUUGGAGGUCAGAUUUCAAUGGAUACAGUGAUUCAGCAUCUUCGAUCGUUGAUUGUUUCUGUUGAUGGCGGAGACAUGCCCCGGGAUGGCUAUCGUUCGUAUUUACCGACUCUCAGAACAUGUCUUAAUGUCUUAGAGUCUCGACACGGACCUUCAGAUAGGCCUCAAUCUGAGAUGCCUUAUACUCAGACUCACUCUCAGACUCAGACUCAGAUACCACUGUCUCAAAUGCCUCAGUCACAGACUCAGAUGUACGCUGGCGAGGCAGGAACUUCUUCUCGUGCAUAUUAUCCGGCAUUCGAUAAUUAUACAGAUCCUAGAGCACACGGGCAUCCAUCUGGUAUGUUUAGUACCUUUGAUUUUAUUUUUAAUACUAUCUACAACUGUGAGUUUAAUUAUAAUCUCGUUGAUGCAGAUCCGUACACCCCAUACCCCUACUUUAAUCCGAAUAUGAAUUCGGAAGACCCAAUUCAUUUGGGGUCUACGCAUCAGUUUUCGUCUUCGCGACCGGUAGAUCAUCAGAUCACACCUAUUCCUUAUUUUGAAUCCGCAAAUUCUUCGAGUGAUGAGGAUGAACAAGUUGGUAGAGGGCACAGGACUAGAAGGCCCCCGAGAUGUGGCACCGGAGGUCACCGUCAUUGGUGAUAUUAUUAUUGUAGUUUAUGUUGGUUAUUUAUUAAAACUUUUUCGUAUUUUAGUUAUUCAAUAAAAAACAAAU